CAUCAGCAGGACAUCAGGAGCAUGCUGUCUGUCAGAGUGGUGAAGUCUCGCCAAGGAAACCGAUCCAGCCUGAUCAGAUGGGUUGUAAAGGCGGCGGUUCUGCUGCUCUCAGUGGUCAUUGCUGUCGCCAUCGUCCUGCAGUUCUACAGCGACCCGAUCAAAGCUUUGACUAAAGUGUCCAUCUCCAGUCGGAACUCCAGGAUGACCACCAAGAAGUCAGAUGGAUCCUGUGUCAGUAAGAAAAGCUGUCCCCUGGAUCACUUCAGCUUCUUCCUCCAGAGCGGAGCUGCCAACGUGGUUCCUCCAAAGAUCUGCAUCAACAACAAAGUGGUGAUCGGAACCAUCCUGAACAACGCUGGAGUGGGCCUAAACAUUGUGAAACUGAACGGCAGAACAGGAGAGGUUCUGAGGACAGAACACUACGACAUGUACAGUGGCAAAAUAGAACCUUUGGUUGAGUUCCUGAAGAACGUUGAGAUGGGUUCUGUGGUUCUGAUUGCGUCCUACGACGAGCCGGCAACAAAGUUAACCGAUGAGGCCCGGAACCUGAUCUCUGACCUGGGAAGUUCUGUGGUCAAGUCUUUGGGCUUCAGAGACAGCUGGGUGUUUGUAGGAGGGAAAGGGAAAGGACCACUGGAGAAGAGCAACUUUGAGAAGCAUGUGAAGAACGACCAGGCAAACAAUAAAUAUAAGAACUGGCCCGAACUGAUCCAAAUGGAGGGCUGCAUCCCAAAAUUCAUGGAGUGACCUCCUGCUCUGUCCUGUAGAACUGAGGAACGCGACAUGUUCCAGAACUUUCUGUCUGAGGAACCUGCAAUGAAAAUUAUUUUACUGCAUCGCUCAGGAGAACCUUCAUCAUGUGACUCAAGUCCAACUUG